AUGGAGCAAGGGACCAAGGACAGGCUAUCUGUUGUAUUUGCAGGGAGCACUGUCAAAGUGAGAGUUGGAGGAGGUGUUGUCGUGGAAGAUCAGCCAGAUGUGAGUGCAGUAUUGUCUGCCUACAACCAGCAGGGCGACCCGACGCUGUACGAGGAAUACUACAGUGGAUUAAAACACUUCAUUGAGUGUUCCCUGGACUGUCAUCGAGCAGAAUUGUCUCAGCUGUUUUAUCCUCUCUUUGUGCACAUGUACUUGGAAUUGGUUUACAAUCAACACGAAAGUGAAGCGAAGUCUUUUUUUGAAAGAUUUCAUGGGGAUCAGGAGUGCUAUUACCAGGAUGACCUGCGUGUAUUAUCUAGCUUAACCAAAAAAGAACAUAUGAAAGGUAACGAGACCAUGCUGGAUUUCCGAACGAGCAAGUUUGUGCUGCGUAUUUCUCGCGACUCUUACCAGCUCUUGAAGAGGCAUCUUCAGGAGAAGCAGAACAAUCAGAUCUGGAACAUUGUUCAGGAACAUCUUUACAUCGAUAUCUUUGAUGGAAUGCCUCGCAGUAAACAGCAGAUAGAUGCUAUGGUUGGAAGCUUGGCUGGAGAGGCAAAACGAGAGGCAAAUAAAGCAAAGGUUUUUUUUGGCUUAUUGAAAGAACCAGAGUUUGAUGUGCCUUUGGAUGAUGAAGAUGAAGAAGGAGAAAAUGAGGAAGGAAAGCCAAAGAAGAAAAAACCUAAAAAAGAUAGUGCGGGGUCAAAAAGUAAAAAACAAGACCCUAAUGCUCCUCCCCAAAACAGAAUUCCUCUGCCUGAACUGAAAGACUCUGACAAGCUGGAUAAAGUAAUGAAUAUGAAGGAAGCUGCAAGGCGUGUGCGUCUUGGCCCAGAGUGCCUGCCCUCCAUCUGUUUCUACACGUUCCUUAAUGCUUACCAGGGUCUGACUGCAGUGGAUAUUACAGAUGACUCUAGCAUGAUUGUAGGAGGCUUUGCUGAUUCUACUGUCAGAGUGUGGUCUGUGACUCCGAAAAAGCUACGCAGUGUGAAAACAGCAGCAGACCUCAGUCUCAUCGACAAAGAAUCAGAUGAUGUCUUGGAGAGGAUCAUGGAUGAGAAAACAGCAAGUGAGUUGAAGAUUUUAUAUGGUCACAGUGGACCUGUCUAUGGCACCAGCUUCAGUCCCGAUAGGAACUAUCUGUUGUCCUGUUCUGAGGAUGGCACUGUCAGAUUGUGGAGUCUCCAAACAUUCACAUGUUUGGUGGGAUAUAAAGGACACAACUACCCAGUAUGGGAUACACAGUUCUCUCCGUAUGGUUAUUACUUUGUGUCAGGGGGACACGACAGAGUGGCUCGCCUGUGGGCAACAGAUCACUACCAGCCUUUACGGAUAUUUGCUGGCCAUCUUGCUGAUGUGACGUGUACCCGAUUUCAUCCAAACUCUAACUAUAUUGCCACAGGCUCGGCAGACAGGACUGUACGGCUCUGGGAUGUUUUGAACGGGAAUUGUGUAAGGAUAUUCACUGGACAUAAGGGACCAAUUCACUCAUUGGCAUUUUCUCCUAAUGGACGAUUCCUGGCUACUGGGGCAACAGAUGGAAGAGUUCUGCUGUGGGACAUUGGACACGGCUUGAUGGUUGGAGAAUUGAAAGGGCACACUGACACAAUCUACGCGCUCAGAUUCAGUAGAGAUGGGGAGAUUUUAGCAUCAGGUUCAAUGGAUAACACAGUUCGUCUGUGGGAUGCUGUGAAAGCAUUUGAAGAUUUAGAAACAGAUGACUUUACUACAGCCACUGGACAUAUAAACUUGCCUGAAAACUCACAGGAGCUGUUACUAGGUACAUACAUGACCAAAUCAACCCCAGUUGUGCACCUCCAUUUCACUCGCAGAAACUUGCUGCUGGCUGCAGGAGCCUACAGUUCACAGUGAAUCAGGAAGCUGUAAGACUGACUGUGCCGUCAUUGCAGUGGUGACCUCAGGAUGGGAGACGAGGAGGAAUGAAUGUCUUGUACAGGUGGAUUGAGUCUGUCGCAGGAAAAACAAAAUUAUGUAAACUGAUGCAAGCAGCAUCUUCUCAGUUCUGCUAUUUCAUAUUUAUCCACAGUUUGAAAAUGCUGGAGAUUGACAGGACGUUGUGGCUGUAAAAGAAGGAAUUGUUCAUGGUGCUUUUGAUA